AUGAGAGCUGUCAGGGCGCCUCCACCGGAGGCUUUGGGGGCGGAGCCGCGGGAGCCCGUGGGAAACCACGCUCCGAUUGGUCUGCCUGACAAUCGCUCCGCCUCCGGUCAGCCAAUCAGAGGCGAAGGACACGGGAGCGGGGCGUUCGGAGUUGGGCUGGAGAGUCACAACAGCCGCACGCUGGGUACCCGCACUGCAUCCCGGCCCGCGUCCGCGGCUAGGAGGUUGCUGGCUCCGCGUGCUCCGCAGUGUGCUGUCGGGGCUCCGGCGGCGCGGCCUCGGAAGACGUCAGGAGGCCGCGGAAAGGCGGAGGGGAAGUGGGAACUGAACGGGGGAGGCGAGGAGCCAAAAGUCUUCGUACCUGCCGCACGUGGUCUGUGCGGCUGGCUCGAGGGGGACAUUGGAAAUUUUAGGAGAGGAAAAACGAAAAGCCUAACGCAGUCCCUUGGCCUGAACGCCCAGGAUGUUAGACAGGGUCCACACGGGGAACCCGGGGCCUUUUCCCGAGUGAGUCCCCGGGAUCCUGGCUCUCCCUUGCCCAGCGAGCCCACCUGCAUCUCGGUGAGGGUUUGGGCCUCGCGCACACCUGCCGGUUGCCUCUGCGAACCCCGGACGAUGUUGGCUGCAGUCCCUAACCUGUGGCCAGGUGCGAAGUGGCCACUAGGGUGGACAGUGUGAAGCCGAUCUGCGUCUGUCCUACGACCUCGCAGACCCUCGGGGCUGCCCCUCGCCUCCAACCUGCGUUUUGUGUCGCUGCUCCCCACUGCAGCAGAGAACAGGGCAUUUGGAUCAGAAACAGACAAGCGCCAUCUGGCAGAGUGUCCUGCCACCUCGUCUCCCGAGGGCACUGUUGACAUCUAAAAAGAACGGGAAGCUGACAUUAAGGGAAAAGAUAGAGCGAUCAAAGGCAGAAUUCAGGGUUUCGGCAAGAGAGGAGCAAAAGUUCCCUGUCUAGUGCGUGACUCAAGCUUCCACCAGAAGUGAACGACUUCUUCCGCAUAGUUUACCAGAGGUCUCGCCAGUGUCAGUGGCCUUCCCCAGUGUGGGGACACCAGGAUGAGGCAACCCGGGCACCUUGCCUGCCCUCCAGGCCUGAGCUGCUCUUGCUUGAGGCUGCUCCCUGAUUCCCUGCUGUACCUGGGGGUCUGGGGCGGCACCUGGCACACAUAAAUGCUCGGUGGAUGCUUGUGCAGUACAUGAAGCGUGGCCUGCGCUCCCUGCAGAAGUUGGAAUGGUUUUGAGAGGUUGUGGGACUUUUAAGAAGCAGAGCUGGGUGCGGGGGUGCAUGCCUGUAAUCGCAGCACAUGACACGAUGAGGCAAGACAAUCAGGAGAUG